GAAGAAGCUAAACUGUUUUUAUCAAUUGUAAACAUAAUUUUUUUCUAAAAUGUUGGUUCAAAUUGUACAAAAUUGUAGAAAUUCAAUAUCAUAUGUGUGUCUAAGAAAGUUAUGUGAAAAGUCUUCUCUUAAAAACGAAUUAUUGAAAACAUCCAUACAAAAAGUGAAUAAAACUACUAAAUCAAUUCAAGAUAUAGAAAAUAAUUAUAAAUUAUGUUUAAACAAAGGUAUAACCGAACAAACUAUCGAUUGUAAUCCUGAAAUAUUAACAGAUAAAAGUUUGGUGCCUAAAUUGGAUAUAUUGAAAUUGCUUCCGUUGGAUAUAAACUUGUCUGCUCCGUUAUUAACAGUCAGUUAUCCCAGAUUAAAAAACUUUAUAUUUAACGAAAUAGUCGAAAAGAAAAUAUCGGAACUAGCACAACUUUUAAAGGUUAAUCAGCAUGAUGUGUGUGUUUGGAUGUCUAAAAAAAACUUUUUAAUGACUACAAAUAUGGAUAACAUGGAAAAAAGUAUAAAAAUAUUAUUAGAUGCUGGCGUUUCUCGCACAGCUAUAAUAAAAGAUUUGUGGGUACUUAGAUAUAAUCCUGAUAAUAUUAAAGAUAGAAUAAUUUUUGCUAGACAAAAUAAUAUCGAGACUAUCAAAACCUGGAUGGUAAGAGCUCAACGUGAAAUAAUUGAAAAUUACGCGAAACGGCGAUCGGACAAUAAAGAAAUUUUAGGUGAAAAAGAAUCGUUAGUGGAAUAUUUGUCGGAAAAAUUGGAAUGUUCCCAAGACAUAUCGAGAUAUUUAAUUUUCAAACAACCGGCGUUGCAAAAGAAGAGCUUGAGAAAAAUAGAGGUUAUGAUCGAAUUUUUAUUACAAAAAGGUUUCACGCCCCGGCAUAUUUGCAAAACUCCAAAAAUACUGUUGCACAGCGUGGAUACGGUGAAGAAGAGAAUAAAAGAGAUAGAAACUAAUAAUAUACAUUUAGAUUCGUUGGUUAUGUUAACGAAAAGCCAGAGGCAGUACAUGCAUUUUCUCGAAACUGUUAAAUGUAAUAAAAGCAAAUUAAAAAGUUCCUUCAUGUUUUAUUUCCAUCCCGAAAUGAAAAAAAAGUCAAAUAUUCCAAAAAAACUGUAA